AUGCGCUCAGCACCAAACAUCAUCAUCACCGGCACGCCCGGGGUCGGCAAGACAACGCACAGCGAGAUCCUCGCCGAAAGGACGGGCCUGCGCCAUCUCUCGGUAAACCAAGUGGUCAAGGACAAGGAAUGCCACGAGGGCUGGAGCGACGAAUAUCAGAGCUGGAUCGUGGACGAGGACAAGCUUCUGGAUGUCAUUGAAGACGAUGUCAAGGCAGGGGGCUGCAUAAUCGACUGGCACGCCUGCGACCUGUUCCCACGCAGCUGGAUCGAUCUCGUGGUGGUGCUGCGAGUUGAUUCCAAGACGCUGUACGACCGUCUUGAAGCCAGAAAUUACAAAGAGGCCAAGCUCCAGGAAAACCUGGACUCGGAAAUCAUGGAGGUGCUGCUGCAGGAAGCGCGCGAUGCGUUUGACGAGGAGAUUGUGGUCGAGCUCACGAGCAACAGCUCAGAAGAGAUGGAGUCCAACAUUGACCGCAUAGAGGCCUGGAUCAAGCAGUGGAAGACGGACCACGCCGACUGA